AUGGCUUCCAGAGUGCUGCGCGAUGUCACCAAAUACAAACGGUCCCAACUGGCCGAUCGUCAUCAGGCUUUCGAAGCACGCAAGGCUGAGCUUCUAUCUCAAACCGAGAAGAGCGAUGAUCCCAUUCAGACGCUCCUUGACGGCCUGAAGAAGUUGGGUCUGAAGUCAACAACUGCAGCGACAGCGAACGGAGGAUACUCACUGUCCAACACCAGUCAGAUGCUCAUCCAGUCCACCUUCGACGCUUCUAUCCCUUCGGCUCUUCCUUCAGCUUGGCAGGCCGAUCUUGAACGUCUCCUUACCAUUCAGUCUAACAAAUUCGAAUACACGGACUUGUUCUCACGCCUUGCUACCGAAUGGGUCGAUAAGCCUAACGAUGCCAACCUUCUCCUUGGAUCUCCUUUCGGAAGCGACAGCACUGCAGAAACCUCGGAUACCGAGAGCUUUGAGUCGGUACAGGUUGGUCGUGAGGAGAUGUAUCGCCAGCGUCGGGAGUGGGACUCUUUCGUCUUCACCGAGCGCCAAACAGACACAGCUGCCAUCGAAGCCUACCUCUCCGACCUCUUCAUUGAACCUCAGCAGAAGAAAAAGGUUCAGAAAACUCCCUUUGAUCAUCUUCAGACUGCUUUCAGUAAGUGGAAUGUCACAGACGACACUUGCGACAGUCAGGAUGUUGAGCAAGCUAUCAAGGCUGUGCUCAGAGCCGAUCUACUCAGCGGUCGCAAGAGAGAUGAGUUGAUUGCACUCAGCAACGCUGGCAAGGGCGUGCUCACAGAAGUUGCCGAUGUCAUCAACAUGGAGCUCGCGAAUCUGGGCGAUUGGUCUUGGAAGCCCUCGCCAACCCCAACUUACAUGAGAAAGCAGAUCAAUGGAAAGUACAGAGUUUACAUGAACCCUGAGAUUCACCAAGCUCUUCUCUUGCAGUACAUCGGCACGCGUUUCGCGGUGUCUACCAAGGCUAUCUUCAAGGGUUUCCUUCGCUCCAAAGCAUGGCCAAAGUCGGCUCACAGCUCAAUGUCGUCCAAAGACCACGCCCGUUUCGCUUUCUACCUCCGCGCCCACAAGACCGACUUCAAGGAUUCGGUUCUCCAUGCGCGUCGAGAACAGUUCAAGGAUGAUUUCUUCCUCACACAACUUCCCGAUAAGAUCGAGGAAGGUAAUCGUGACUACAAUGCCCCCGGCGACUCGGACGACGAAGAUACUGACAAGAAGACGCCCCUCGAGAUCAAGCAGACUCUUCUCAGACUGGCUACUACUGAGCUUAUGGUUCAGCGAAAGAUCUACGGAAGCUUCACCCUCUGUCAAACCGACUUCAAGUGGUUCGGUCCCAGUCUUCCUCACAGUACCAUUUUUACUGUCCUGGACUUCUUGGGUGUUGAGGACUCUUACAUUGAUUUCUUCAAGAAGUUCCUCUCCAUGUCCCUUGUCUUCCCACAGGACGGUCCCAAUGCCGAGCCCCGUACACGUCUUUGUGGUGUUCCUAUCAGUCAGACACUCAGCGAUGUGUUCGGCGAGAUAAUACUCGCUUGUCUCGAUUUCGCUGUCAGCAAGGCAACCAAAGGUCGUUGUCAGCUCUACCGCUUCCACGACGACGUCUGGUUCUGGGGUCAGAAGGGAGACUGUGAGCUGGCCUGGGCGGCUAUCAAGAAGUUUACAGGUGUCGUGGGUCUAGGUUUGAACGAGGAAAAGACUGGAUCUGUUCAUAUCAGCGACAAGGGACCUGUCAGAUGGGGCUUCUUGGUCCUAGAUCCUGUCAAGGGCCGUUGGAUCGUUGAUAUGGCCAAUGUUGAUCAGCAUAUCGCUGAGAUGCGCCUCCAAUUUGCGCAGUGUCGCUCUGUGUUCUCUUAUGUUCAGGCCUGGAACAGCUACAUGGGUCGAUUCUUGGGAAACAACUUUGCGCACCCUGCCAACUGCCUAGGCAUUGAGCAUCUCGAUAUGGUCUUCAGCACUUUCAAGUACAUUCAGAAGAAGCUCUUCGAGGACGACGACAACACUACCGGCUGCGAGGAUGUCACGUCUUACCUCAAGUCCGUCAUUGAAGAGCGUUUCGGAACCAAGGACAUUGCCAAUGUCUUCCUGUAUUGGCCUGUUGAGCUCGGCGGCCUUGAGCUGCGUAACCCUUUCAUCCCUCUGAUGACUGCUCGUGAGAACUCUGAAGAGAAUCCUCAUGACCUUCUCGAAAUUGCCUGGGAGAGGGACGAGGAGGCGUACGACCAAUGGAAGCAAAAAUUCGAGAAGGACAGAUCCAAGCACUUUGUUGAUGCGCCUCAGGGAUGCGACCCAGAGAAGUUCUUCUCCUUCGAAGACUACGUCCGCUUUCGUGAGGAGACUUCUGAAGCCCUCAAGCUGGCUUACGACGACCUCUUGGCCUCGCCCAAGAUCGAGGGACUGGAAAACACUCGCUUCGUCGAUUAUGCUCUGAACACACUUCCACUGGAGUUCCACGCAUCCAAGCACAUCAAAACUAAGUUCUCGACUAUGGAUGUCUAUUGGCGCUGGACUGUUCAUCUCUAUGCCGCCGAAGCCAUGCAGAGAUUUGGUGGAUUGGGCUUGGGUGAGAAGGAGAUGUUGCCAGUUGAGCUGGUCAACCUCCUGAGAAACGAGAGAGUGCGUUGGCAGGGAUGA